GUCUGUUUUCAAACGAUGAAGAUUACAUUUCACCUUUGUAUUUUGAUGUUUUCGUUUUGAUUUGAUGCAGAUUGCAAAUUACGUCACGUGAAUAGUCAUUUCAUUUAUUGAUGCUGGAUAUAUUGCGUUGCUAUAGAUAUAAAGAUCGUAUCAUUUUGAAUCGACGUGAUUAUUGUGUUAUGAUGAAUCCUUACUUCGCUGAAGAGUAUCGACAUAUAAGCGAUAUAGAUCUAGCCGAAGACAAUGAGAAUGUAUUGCUACCCUAUGAUCCCGAAGUUGAUAAUUUUGGUAGCAAAAUCCUGGAAGCGGAAGCUGAAUCCGGCCAAACAAUUACGUACGAAGAAGCCUUCCUAAACGCAGAUUAUGUAGAAAAAGCUCUUCAAGUGCCACCUAUUGACGUUCCGAUAGAAUUCACGAUGUUCGUUUUACGCAAAAUGGCAGUAAAUGAAAAAGAUUUUCGUAGUUUCGUAAGAGCGAUUCCGCUACAAACUCGUGAGUAUCUGCAUAAACUGAUAAAACGUGAAUCUGCUCCGCGUGUCAAAGUGCAUCCGGCCAAUGAUAAAGAAUCGACGAGCACGUUUCGUGGAAUCUUUACGAAAAUAUUUUGCAAAAAAGUUAUCAGCAACUUUGCCGAAAAUCAGGAAGAUAAACAUUACGAUAAAAUCGCCACCGUGUUUCCCUUCAAAGUGUCCAGACUGUCCACCGAUGUACGUUGGUGCGAAAUGAAAAUUAUGCAGCAAUUCGACGACGAUUUUUACCAAGAAAUACAAGAGUUUUUAGACGAGCAUUUCGAUAACGUCAACGCCCGAGAGGCUGUCGAGCUUUUUUUACUCAAUAUUCGUAAUUUUAUAUCGGAUAAAUUUUCUGCUGAAGCAUUGUUGACAAGACGGGAAAAUCCUGGAGGCCAGCACGACGAUUAUUUGAGUACUUUUCCUCGACUGCAUCAGGGAGGAAUUGAACGAUUUCAGUUUCUAUAUCGAGAAUUCGUCAAUAUGAUAAAGAGUAAUCGAAUUUACGUUCCAGGGUUUUACUUCUACCGUUAUGGUUGCGAUGAAGAUUAUUUUCGCAGGUUACCCGAACGUAAUUUCGUCGAUUUGUAUUCUUUUUUAGAUUACGUCGACUUUUUCAAGGAGCAUCGCGAAAUUUACAUGCGGAGAUUUAAGAAAUACCUGUUCUUUUUCGUUCACGCACUAGCAGUCGAAUCAAAUCCUGUGUUUUUCAUCGAUGAGAUGUUAUUCGAAUGUUUGAAGAGUUUACGAACAUAUAAAACCGUCAAAGAAGAUAUCAAGAUUAAGAAUGAUUUAGCCAUGAUAUCGAUGCUGCAUCUCAGAAUGAACUUAAACAGAGGAAGCAGCAAAGGGAAUUAUUGCUUGAGUGAUACGGCAUUGGAACGUAUGAAGCAUUACAUUUUGGAAUCCAUUGUGCCGAAAAAUCCUCAACUGAACGUGAAAUAUAAGACUGAUUUAUUGACUUGGAUGCCUUUCCGUACCAAAGAGGCAUGUUUUAAUGUAUGCUAUUCCAAAAAAAGUAGUAACAAAAAUUUCUUGGAGCGAUUGCUUUGUAGUAUCAUGUGUCCCGACAGCGAAUCAAUUAGAUAUAUCGAUGAAUAUAAUGCCUACCUUGGUAAAGUAUACCGAUUUGAUUUGUCGAUGAACGAUAUUGAAUCUCUGCGAAAUUUCGUGCGUUUGUGUAAUACGUACGAUGUCAGCAACGAACCUUUAGAAGAAACUAAUCUCGAUGUAUUUAUGUUGAAUCUGUUUAUCAAGUUUAUAGAAACUGAACGUUCUCGAGCUACUUUAGAGUGUGAAUAAUAGGUGAGAAGUAAUUUGACUUUCAAGUACGUUGGUACCUCUACCUAUUAUGUAUUUUUCUGAGUUGUUACUCGUAUAUUUCAUUGAUAUGUUAGUGGUUUUAAUUUGUUUGUGUUCUCGAUUAUUAUCGUGUUAGACUGUUAGAUACCUACUUACCUACCUACUACCUAGUACUUAUUUUGUAUUGGAUUUUCUAUUAAACCCUGUUUUUGCUCCUUUCUAA